AAAAAGCGUCUGGGGCUAGGCCAGCGGGGGGGAAGGGUCUCGGGCUCUGAGGAGGCUUGAUCGUCGGUCCAGACCCGGGGUGACUACUCCCCGCAGCAAAGAUGCUCCUGGGGUUUCCGAGAGGCCGCAAGAGCCAGUUUAAACACAUCAUCCAUGGCCUUCUACCUGCGGCCAGCAUCGCACCUAAGCCAGCUGUGCCCCGGACACCUCCUCCUCGCAGCCCCAACCCCUCUCCAGAGAGACCAAGAUCUGCUCUGGCUGCAGUCAUUCUAGCAACAACGUUGACUGGCCGGACCAUUGCCCUUCCUCAGCCACGUCGGAGAUCCCAGUCUGAGAGUGACACGACCUACAUUGAAAAUGACAGUUUCAUCAAGCCCUAUGCCACCACCUCAGAGCAGAGACAUCGACCAAAUUGGCAGAGUGACACAGGAAGAAGAACUUCGUUGCCGUCCUUUGAGAUGCUGGGCUCUGGGGAGGAAGAGGACACUGACUCGCCCCUGUCAUCCACCUACAAGGAGUCGGGGGACAGCAGUGCUCAUAAAGAAGAGGGGGCUCUUGGUGAUGCUGUGUAUGCCAUGCCACACAGAAAUCAGGUUUCAUUGUCACAUGGGAUGGACAGUGAAGAUGAGGAAAAUAUUUCUGAGCAAGAUGGGUUUCCAGACUCACCUUUUAUACCACAGUGCACACAAGAAAGAGAUGGUGAACAUUCUGUUCUGAAUUUAAAGGAUGAAAAACCACCGUUAUAUGGAAAACCCCCACCCUCACCAGAUAUAACUGGUAAAACACGUCAACAAUGUAUAGAAAUAACCAAAGAAAAGUUUGAGGAAUUAAAAGAAGAAAAUUUACAUCUGAACAGUACAAACCAAACCCUUACUCUUGACCUUAACAUAGUAAAGCAGGAAGUGAAAAAACUACGAUUAAAACUUAAGAAAAUACAAAAAGAAAAUGGACAGCGGAAAGAGGCUGAGAAAGCAUCCUCUCAGGAAGUUGCUGCACCUGAAUUACUUUCACUAAGAAAACAAACUCAAGAACUACUGGAUGAAAAUGAUGGGUUGAAAAUGACUGUCCAUCGUUUGAAUGUAGAACUGAGCAGAUAUCAAACAAAAUUCAGGCAUUUAUCUAAGGAAGAGAGUAUAAAUAUUGAAGGCCUCCCGUCAAAGGGCCCUAUACCACCCUGGUUGUUGGAUAUAAAGUAUCUGUCACCCUUGUUGCUGGCUUACGAAGACAGAAUGAAAGAGAAGGAUGAGCUCAUUGCCACCCUUCAGGAGGAAAUGAGAAUGUUCAGGAUGCGAGUCCAAGAAGUGGUGAAAGAAAAUAAAGAAUUGCACGAACAGUUAAAUAAGAGUAGUCCUGUUACCAGUGAGGAAUGGCAUCAGCUUCAGAUUCAGGCGGAACUGGUUUUAGAGGAAAACAGGCUGUUGAUAGAACAGUUGGAGAUUCAGCAAAGAAAAGCCAAGGAUACCCAGCAGGAGCGUCUCCAGGAAGUUUCUAAACUGACUAAACAACUAAUGCUUCUGGAGACUAAAACACAGAACCAAGAAAAGGAGCUAACCAAAAGCAAGGAGCAACUGGAAAUUUUAUGUGCUGAAUGCCAACAACUAAAAACACAGUUGGAUGACAAAAUAGCAAUGAAAGUUCAUACUUCAAUUGUAAAUGAAUUACAAAGCCAGUUGCAGAAGGAAGAUGACAAAGAAAGUGCUGAAAUGGAAGAGUUGAUGGCAAAGCUGGCGGUCCUGCAAGUGCAGAAAAAGAGCCUGCUGUUAGAGAAGGACAAUCUGACAGCGAAAAACAAAGUGCUGAAAGCUGAACUCGAAAGGGCACAGAAAAUAAAUAGGAGAUCUCAAAAAAAAAUUGACGUCCUCACAAAGCAGGUGGAGAAAGCCAUGGAGAACGAAAUGUCUGCUCACCAGUACCUGGCAAAUCUUGUUGGCCUGGCAGAAAAUAUAACUCAGGAACGUGACAAUCUUAUGUAUUUGGCCAAAUGUUUAGAAAGUGAAAAACAUGGAGUUCUUAACAAAAUUGUAAAAGGCAAUAUUCGCAUGGGAAGGUUAGAGGAAAAAAUCAAGGGAUACAAGAAACUGGCUGCCCUAAAGCUGGAUGACAUUAGUCACUGUCUGACAGAGCAGCAGGAGGACUUUGCUAAAAAGGCAGCCCAGUACCAUCAGGAGAUGAGGCACCUCCAUCGGAUGCUGCAGGACAAGCAGGAUGUCCUGGAUGAGGCUCUGCAGCAGAAAAGAGCAAUGGAAGGCGAGCUUGAAGCUGUCUGGGAGUCUACCUCCAAGGAAAACCAAAGAAUCCGAGAACUUCUGCAAGCCACCCUGGAGAGGACAGGCAUGUGGGACAGCACCAGAACGAUCGAGGAUCCCUGCCUUGGCAUCUCUCAGGGAGACGUGCGGGACGGCUGCAGCUUCAGCUACUGCGACAUGAGGCCGCCUCCCGCCACCCGCCAGAGUCUGUGGGAGCGGCUGGGCUAGGGCUCCUCAGCUUGGAAGGCCUGCCUUCCCCGCGACAGGGAAGGGCAAGCUCUCACCCAGCGCUGCCGUGUUUUUUCUCC